AUGGCUAUCCUGCCCCAUCAAAAAUGUUCAUUGAGGUCCCUAGAAUAUGUCCUCACAUGGCAUCGGCCUUGCCACAGUACGCGUGUCAUAUGCUCAGCCUCUACUAGUACCAAGCCUGAGCCCAGGUCGAGCAGUCCUAACCAGCUAAUCAUCGAGCCACGGCUAGUAGCUUCUCCUCCUUUGUUCAAUGACCCAACUUUGCAGUCAACAUGGGCUCAUCGAGCUUGGGUCGCAACUGGGUGCACCACUGUGCUUGUUUCACUAGCCAAGUCCAUGGUGGCUGCAGCCUCUUCUCAUGUCUGGCUUGAGCCCAUUUUGGCAGGCUACGUUGGUUACAUUUUAGCUGAUCUUGGGUCCGGUGUCUACCACUGGGGCAUUGAUAAUUACGGUGAUGCUUCAACGCCGAUUUUCGGUUCACAAAUUGAUGCUUUCCAGGGUCAUCAUAAGUGGCCCUGGACGAUCACCAGGCGCCAAUUUGCUAACAAUUUGCAUGCCUUAGCUAAAGCCAUAACCUUUACAGUGUUACCUUUGGAUAUCUUUUGUAAUGAUGCAAGUAUUAAUGGAUUUGUGAGUGUCUGCGCAGGCUGCAUUAUGUUUAGCCAGCAAUUUCAUGCCUGGGCUCAUGGUACUAAGAGCAAGUUGCCGCCAUUAGUGGUGGCGUUACAGGAUGCAGGGGUGCUUGUGUCGCGGUCACAACAUGCUGCACAUCACAGGCCGCCUUACAACAACAAUUACUGCAUAGUAAGUGGAGUUUGGAAUGAGUUUUUGGAUAAACAGAAGGCGUUUGAAGUCUUGGAGAUGGUCUUGUUUUUCAAACUUGGUUUUCGACCCCGGUCUUGGAGUGAACCCAACUCUGAGUGGACUGAAGAGGCUGAGACUCCUUCUCAAGUUGCAGCACGCUGA